AUUCGAUUCCGCUCCCCAUGCCUCAGGCUCAGAUCCCUACGUGAACCACUUUUCCUUUACCGAUAUUUUUCCUCUCUCUAGCUUUCACUCUUCUAACUCGGAGCUUCCCUUCCAAACCAGAAUUGAUGAAUUCUUUCUGUUCCAUUUUCCAUUUUUCCUGAGAUUUUAAGUUCUUCGUUUCGUCAUUACAAUUUCGUGAAAACGAAUAAUCGUCGAGGUUGGAGCGUUUCGUGUGUGUGCCUACUUGCCAUUUUUGUGUGUGCAAUCUUCGAACAACUGAGAAGUUCAGCUGAAACUGAAUUCAGGAUCGCGAUCGUCCCGAAUUUGAGGCACAAAAGAGGGUCACGAGUUGAACUUUUUGGAGUCAUUUACUGGAGCAGCGAUCAUGGCGCAAAGUAAUUGGGAAGCAGAUAAGAUGCUUGAUGUCUACAUUUAUGACUACUUAAAGAAAAGAAACUUGCUUAAUUCUGCAAAAGCUUUCAUGACGGAAGGAAAAGUUGCGACUGAUCCUGUAGCUAUUGAUGCACCUGGAGGAUUCCUCUUCGAGUGGUGGUCCGUCUUUUGGGACAUCUUCAUUGCAAGGACAAACGAGAAGCAUUCUGAGGCAGCUGCAGCUUACAUAGAGACACAACAAACCAAAGCAAGGGAACAACAGCAGCAGCAGCAGCUGCAAAUGCAGCAGUUGCAACUCAUGCAGCAACGCAAUGCGCAUGCCCAGUUACAUCGAAGAGAUCCUAACCAUCCUCCCCUCGGUCCCAUGAACUCGAUAAACUCUGAAGGCAUGAUGGGGCAGCAGUCUGCCGGUGUAUUAACUAUGAAAUUGUAUGAAGAUCGUAUGAAGCAUCCUAAUUCAAUGGAUUCUGAGACAUCUUCUGGGCUUAUUGAUGCCAAUAGGAUGGCACUUCUCAAGUCAGCUUCCAAUCCGCAAGGACAGUUGAUUCAAGGCAAUUCUGGGAGCAUGUCUGCAGCCUUGCAGCAAAUGCACGGACGGCCUCAGCUGACAACUGACAUUAAAACGGAACCUAACUUGGGUGGAACUCAGAAAUCUAUGCCGAUGGACCCAUCAUCUAUAUAUGGGCAAGCAAUUCUUCAGUCAAAAUCUGGACUUGGUGGUGCAGGGAUGAGUCAAGGAGUAUCAGGUCUUCCACUGAAGGGGUGGCCCCUGACAGGAAUUGACCAAUUACGUCCUAGUUUGGGAUUACAAGUACAAAAACCCAAUAUGCAGACUCAAAACCAGUUUCUUUUGUCACCACAACAGCAACAGGCUCUAGCGCAAGCUCAGGCACAAGGGAACAUUGGAAAUUCAGCUAACUAUGGGUUUGGGGGAUUACCAAGGGGUAACUUCAAUGCAAAAGAUGGGCAGCCUUCACGGAAUGAUGGAUCUAUUUGCUCCCCAGUGCAGUCAAAUUCACCUAAGAUGAAGAUGGCCCAAAUGCAGCAGGCUUCAUCUCAACAACAAGAUCAGUUACAGCAGCAACAGCAACAGCAGCAAUUGCAACAGAAUAACAGGAAAAGAAAGCAACAUUCUUCAUCAGGGCCUGCUAACAGUACAGGAACUGGAAAUACAGUAGGCCCUUCCCCAGGAUCACCACAGUCAACUCACACACCUGGCGAUGGAAUGAAUGCUGCUAGCAGCCUGCAGCAUGUCAAUAGUGUGAACAAGAGUAUGAUGAUAUAUGGUGCAGAGGGAGCCAGUGGAAUUGCAUCUUCGACAAAUCAGCUUGAUGAUUUGGAGAAUUUUGGAGAUGUUGGUUCCCUUGAAGACAACGUGGAAUCUUUUUUGUCACAUGAUGGAGGAGAUGGAAAUUUAUAUGGCUCUUUGAAACAAACUCUUACUGAGCAUAAAACAGAGACAUCUAAAGGUUUUUCGUUUGGAGAAGUUGGUUGUAUACGGACAAGAAAUAAAGUGACAUGUUGCCAUUUUUCUUCGGAUGGGAAGUUAUUAGCUAGUGCUGGGCAUGACAAAAAGGCUGUUAUUUGGAACAUGAACACCCUGCAGACUGAAACCACUCCGGAAGAACACCAAUAUUUAAUUACAGAUGUUCGCUUCCGGCCAAAUUCAACUCAACUUGCGACGGCUUCAUUUGACAAGUCUGUCAGAUUGUGGGAUGCAGCUAAUCCAAGCUAUUGUCUAAAUGCAUACACAGGACAUUCUUCCCAUGUGAUGUCCCUCGACUUCCAUCCCAAAAAGACUGAUCUGUUCUGUUUCUGCGAUAGUAAUAACGAAAUACGCUAUUGGAAUAUUAAUCCAUUUUCUUGCACUCGGAUUUCCAAGCAAGGAGGCAGUGCACAAGUGAGAUUUCAACCUAUUACUGGGCAUCUACUGGCAGCAGCAUCAGACAAGGUGGUCUCGAUAUUCGAUGUUGAAAAUGACAGACAAACAUAUUCUUUCCAGGGACAUUCUGGUGUGGUGAACUACCUAUGCUGGGACCUUAACGGGGAGAACUUGGCUUCUGUGAGUGAGGAUAGCAUUAAAGUUUGGUCUUUAGCCUCAGGAGAUUGCAUCCACGAGCUCAACUCCAACGGAAACCAAUUCCAUUCUUGCGUUUUUCAUCCAAGUUAUCCUUCUCUCUUGGUCAUUGGAGGCUUAAGGUCUCUGGAGCUGUGGAACAUGAUAGAGAACAAAAGCAUGACGGUACCUGCACACGAGAACAUAGUUGCUGCUCUGGCGCAGUCGCCCGUGACAGCAAUGGUCGCAUCUGCUAGCCACGACAGCUCAGUCAAGUUAUGGAAAUAAACAAACACACACGGCUUGUCCCAUAUGGAUAUCAUUACAAGUUAUAUCCGACAUAUGUUGGGGAAAAUAAUAUGCUCUAGCCUGUCGGCCUUUUCCUUGUAUGAUGAAAUGUGAGCUAUAAUAGUACAUGGGGUUCUUUGUAUGUCUUUUUAGAUUAUUCGGGUUCACUUGUCUGUAUUGAGAAGCAUCUAUAUAUAUAUAUAAUCAGAUUCGCUUAAUCUAGGUAAAUAGGCAGUGUGUGCCGGUGGUGCCCUCAUAACUGUUAACUAGUAACUUGAUUGAUUUCUCAUUUGCUAAACGUCUCUUCC